AUGACUUAUUCUCUAUCUCUUUUCAUUCCAGUACAAUGCUCAUCAAGUAAACCUACCUUCGUCCGGCGACUCUUUGCCCGACUGCGACCGGAUACUUUAUCCGACGACGACGCCGUCCUAGUCCACGAAAGUCCGCCCUCCGAGUGCUACGCCUUGUGUUUGUUUGACGACAAAUGCUCGGCUUACUUCGUAGAUUAUCGGAAUCAGUCGUGCCUACUCAUCCGAAACGUCGAUUCCCAAUUAUUGGAAAAGAAACUCGUUCGAGACAGCAGCAGCAGUUAUCACCGGAAAACGUGUUUACCAGAUACGCUCUGUGACCACGAAUGGAUCUUCGACGAGGUACAAGGGGUCCAGCUCUAUCAUUAUAUGGACAAAACAAUUACAGACAUUCGUUCGAGUGCCCAGUGCAUGUCUCUUUGUUUAUCGGAACCGACCUUCGUCUGUCGAUCGGCCAGAUUCGACGUGCUCAAAUCGGAGUGCGUGCUCAGUCAACAUGAUCGUCGGACGGCGACCGAAUGGUUCCGACAAGCUCCGAAGGCGAGCUCGGUUUUGUAUCUAGAGAGGCAAUGUGUGCAGGAGCCUGCAGGGUGUCAAUUCCGAAGCCGUCAGUCCAGAUCUGUCGUUCGAAGAUAUCGUCACGUUCAGGUGUUUGGGAAUGUGACGACGCGCGAAUCUUGUGAAGAGGCCUGCUUGAAAUCUGCGCCCUUCACCUGCAGAUCGUACCAGUUCGGCCCCGGGGCGGAUCCAGUGUGCCUGCUCAGCCCCGAAGACUCGGCAUCGGAUUUGGGGGCGUUCGAAACCCCCGCGGAAGACGAUACUGUGGGGACGAAUGGAAUUUACUUCGAGAAGGAAUCUUGCAUCGAUGUGAACAUCCAGUGUGGCGCCAACGACAUGAGCGUGAUUGUUAAAGUGUCCACUCCUUUCCGAGGCAGGGUGUACACUGCCGGCCAUCCUUAUGAUUGCUACUCUGUAACUGUGACCGAUGAAGGUUACGUCACUCUGUCUAUGCCUCUUCAUGGACGACUAUGUGGCACUAAGAACUUGGGAAAUGGAACUUUUGUGAACAGUGUUGUUGUUCAGCACCAUCCUUUCGUUCUGAGGACAACAGACAGGCGAGUUGAUGUCGCCUGUGAUUACGAAGAAAUGAGGUUGAAGGUGCGAGGGGCCAAAGGCGUCAAACAGGGUGAAUUAAAGCCAUUAGCUCACACCGUCACAGCUGUAGCUCCUACGCCUCCAAUCCGUCUUCGUGUUGUGAACGCCACUGACCAGGAUGUUUCUGGGGUCGAUCUUGGGGAUCCACUCUUCCUGAAAGUCGAACUUGCUGAUGAAAGUGUGUAUGGAAUUUUCGGCAGUGAUUUGGUUGCUCGAAGCAGUGGCGGUUCUGAAACUGUAUUAUUAAUAAAUGAUGAUGGGUGUCCUGUCGAACCGACGGUGAUUCAAGCUUUAGACAGAUUGCCUGGUUCUAAAUCUCUUGUAGCGCCUUUCCAGGCUUUCAAAUUCGCCUCAGAUUCAGCUGUUAAGUUCCAGAUGACAGUCUCUUAUUGUCUGGAUACGUGUCCUCCAGCUGAUUGUGAUGUUCCAAGUUCCAGUCACACACGAUCCUACGGCCGGCGACGGCGGAGGAGCAGUGGCAGGAGGCGCAGAUCGGCGACGUCCCACCACUUCACCGAUCUCUUACCCGGUGACGUAAUAGUGGAUGUCACUAUGGAAAGUCCUUUAUUCUUGGUCAACAACCUGAAGCCGACUGUGGACGGCGCCCAACCUCAACUGCCCAGCAGGAGGUGGGAUCCUCAACUGCCUCAUACACAGGAGUUCUCUGAAGGACAUGUCCGCAUCAUGCCCCAGGCUCAAGGUAUGUGUGUUUCCAUCACGACGCUGUACAUAAUUGGCUCUAUAGAACUUAAGAUGGAAAAUAAAACUUUAGUUGAUAUUCAAGCGAGGCAAGAUAGGGAGAUACGAAAGUAUGAAACAGGUAUUGCAGACAUACCAUCUUUGAUGAAAGAUCAUAAAGAAGAAAAGAAAGUUCUGGAACUAAACCUGAGUUCUCUCAAAAAUGAAUUAAAGUGA